UCACCAAACAACAGAUCAAAACAGAGUGUGUGUCACAAAGAAACAAACAAAAACUUGAUCAGAGAAGAGAAAAGAGAAAAACAAACAAGAUGUCAGGAAUCAUGCACAAGAUCGAGGAGACCCUCCACAUGGGAGGGAACAAGAAAGAUCAGGAGCACAAGGGAGAGAGCCAUGGCAGCGAUCAGUACAAGCAGGGAGAGCACCACCAACAGCAGCAGCACUACGGUGGUGGUGGUGUUGGUGUUGGUGGAGAGCACCAUGGUAGUGGAGGAGUGUACGGAGGAGAACAUGGCCACGUGCAAGAGCACCACCCAGGUGAGCAGCAGCACAAGGAGGGUCUUGUAGACAAGAUCAAGGAUAAGAUCCACGGCGGCGACGGUGCCGAGGGUGAGAAGAAGAAGAAGAAGGAUAAGAAGAAGGGCGAACAUGGCCACGACCAUGGCCAUGACAGCAGCAGCAGCAGCGACAGUGAUUAGAUCUUCUCCGCCAUUACUGCUUGCUGCACCUUUCUUCUAUGUCAAGGUGCAUGGGGUCACAGUUGUGAGGGGCUUGGUUUUACACUUUCAUUCUUGUGUGAACCAAAAAAAAAAAAAAAUCAUAAUUAGUUUAUUACAGUUACCUAUAUAUGUGAGUGAAGGGAGAGUAAAAAAAAAAAAAAACCGGACAGAAAUUGUGUUUUUUCUACUUUUCCUGUUGGUAAUGUGAGUGUUGUAGCAUAUAAUGUACCUCUUAGUCUCAGAUUGUAAAAGCCCCACUCCCGUGGUUUUCUUUGGUUGUGUUGUCAUGUAUUAUUAUGAAAUAAGGAUUUCUAUUAUUACUUA